UUUUAACCAGCAAGAGCAGUCUUGGCCCUGCUUUAAACACAAAACUGUGAGAAACCAGUGUUACCACAUAGCACUGAUGGACUAAACCCCUCCUGUCUCAUUCCUGUCUGAUAACCCGUGCACAUUUACACUGUUUCACACCACUUCUGCUCUCGGCGGCUGCCGUCAUGAGGGCUAAGCUGGAGAUCCUGGCUCUGGUUCUGGGCACCAUCGGUCUGGUGGGGACCAUCGCGGUGACAGCCAUGCCCAUGUGGAAGGUGACGGCGUACAUCGGGCCUAACAUCAUCGUGAUGGAGACGCUGUGGGAGGGGUUAUGGAUGGCCUGUAUACGCCAGGCGGACAUCAGCAUGCAAUGCAAAGUCUACGACUCUCUGCUCAUCCUGCCGGCGGACAUCCAGGCGGCCCGCGGGCUCAUGUGCGCCUCCAUCACUCUCGCCGUCCUGGCCGUCCUGGUGUCCGUCUGCGGGAUGAGAGGCACAGACUGCUGCCAUGAUGACUCCAGGGGCAAGAACGUGGUCCUGCUGGUGGGCGGGUGUCUGUUUGUGGUCUCCAGCCUCACUACUCUUCUUCCCGUCAGCUGGUCGACUCACUCCAUCGUCCGAGACUUUUACAACCCCUUGGUGUUGGAGUCGCUCAAGCGGGAGAUCGGACAGGCGCUGUAUGUGGGCUUCGCCACGUUCCUGUUCCUCCUGGUGGCAGGGGUGAUACUGAUGUGCCGCUUCAGCAACCGUCAGAGGAAGGACGAGGAGGAGGACGAGCCAUACAUCCUGGUGGAGAGGGACAAGGCGGGAGUGAGCGUGUUGAAACGGACGCCCUCUUCUGACUCGUACCGGACGAGUCAAUACGUCUGACUCACUCUAACUACUUCUCUUUAGUUUUAUUUGAUGCCAAAAGAAUCCGUGUGUUGAAUCCUAGUUAUUUCGAUUAAAUGUUCCUCACUAACUAACUAUUUAAAGAGUCUUAUGAUAUGAUUGUAUGUUAUUUUUUCAAACAUUCUGGGUUGCAGUUUUGUUCUUGUUAGGGGAAACUGAAAUUUAGUUGUGCAUCCACAAACAUAUAUAGCUAUAUACUGUAUAUUUUCAAUUUUAAAUGUUAUAUUCAAGAUUAGUAAAUAAUUAAUUAGAUUAAACAAGCUGUUAUUGUAA